AUGAAGCGGAAGAAACAGAGUUACAUGGACGAGCACAUAGAGGGUGUGGUAGUCUGCGAGACCGCGCGAACGAGGAACAGCACAGUUCUGCCUACGGAGGACCUUCGGGAGGUUCCUCGGCUGUCCUGGGCCGUGCGGAGGAUAUAUCCUCAAGCUGUACGCGGUAGACAGAGCUGUCCACGCAACACGCUUCACAAGUCGAGUCUGCAGUCUGCAGUGACAGUCAUGGCUGUAGAAUACGCUUCUCUUCACCCGUACCACCCGGUUGACGCGCAUAUAAACGGAUAUGUUGCCAAUGAGACUCCGGUUCUCCGUGUUCUUGCUACAGCCAGCGCUGGCUGCACCAUCAUCCUGGGUACGGUUCUGGCUGCUGUCAGCUAUACGCGGCCAGCUUUAAGCAAAGCGGACAGGCUGGCUAUUCUGUGGUUCUUCAUUUCAGGAAGCCUCCACUGUUUCUUCGAGGGCUACUUUGUUCUCAACCAUGGCCACAUGGCGUCAGCCCAGGAUAUCUUCGGUCAGCUGUGGAAGGAAUAUGCGCUUUCUGACUCGCGAUAUCUUACUUCGGAUACUCUUGUUCUGUGCAUGGAGACCAUGACCACUCUUGUGUGGGGUCCUCUGUGCUUUUCUGUUGCAUAUUUGAUCUUCGUCGAGCACUCUCUGCGCUACCCGAUUCAAAUAAUCGUCUGUUUGAGCCAUCUGUACGGGGAUACGUUGUACUAUGCCACGAGCUUGUUCGAUCACUACGUCAAUGGAGUAUCGUACUGUAGGCCUGAAGCCUACUACUUCUGGGUCUACUAUUUCCUGAUGAAUUUCAUCUGGAUCGUUGUUCCUAUGUAUUACCUAUACACAGGCGUUACAACUAUCUCGGGAAUCAUCCAGAGCCAGCGAGAAAUAGCGAGCAGGCAAAAGUCCCGAUGAUUAGCCCUGUCCAGCGCUGACCGACAUCUUCCUGCUAAUAUAUAUGAGAGUUCGAGUGGAUCUCCUCUCCACAAGGAUUUCUGAACUAUUGGAGAAGUUUGAAGAGGAGUCAACGGAGUAACAAAGGUGGCGAAAGGAGUGGAAAGGCGUCCUUUUGAACGCGCCAACGGUCGCUUUGGGUAUCUACAAGGCGCGCCAGCUCACUCUGCAUUGCGCGCAAUGACAGCGCUAUUAUGCAUCAUGCAUUGCUAGUCACAACGCACUUACGUAUCCCUUGCUGCCUCCCCCAGGUUAUAAAGAAAUAUUCUUAGACGGUGUAGACCCCGCGUCAGCUUUGAUCUGGGUAGGAAUGAUAAUCGGAACGCGGGUUCGUCUCAGGUGGGAAUACAACUGUGCAGCAGCCCGGUCCAUGUUAUGCAUCUUAUCCAUUGGCCCUAGGGAUGAGACAGCCGAGAAACCUGAAGAAAGAGACGCCUCAGGACCUCUAAUAGUGGCUGCGACAUACUUCCCACUAACCUCGUAGCCAAGUUGGUUUCCCGGGCAGCGUGCAGACGAUUGCCGCUCCUGGCCUUGCGGCCCCAGCCAGACCCGCUGUUUACCUGCUGUCUCUUGCCUUGUUUUCCUUCAAGCACCGCUGGAGUUGGCCCCGGAUGCGAUAAAUC